AUGAGACACUACAUUCCAGAUAGUUCCUUUGGCAAAGUUAUCAGGCUCUACCGAAAGGACAAAACCGACUAUGCAAUACAUGAGACGACGAAUAACACGUCAGGAAAAAAUUUCCAUAAAGAAAAACGGGAGGUGCAUAACCACGAAGUGUGUGUACUUACAGAUGAAGUAAUACAUACGGAAUUGUCGAUACCGCUAUUCAUGAUGCUACUGGAUGAAUACAGGGAGCAAUAG